AUGACGUCUCUUCCUGAUACCGGCGAUCACGUGAACUUAUCCGAAGUGUAUAUAAAAUUGAAAACAGAUGUCACCGUACAACGUCUAAACAUCCCGUCAUGGAUUGCGUUGUGUUUUGUUGCGGUGUUCCUGGCGGCGAUUUGUAUAUCCAUAGCGAAAGAAGAGAAUCUACUGAAAGCUGCUACAUGGUGGCAUCACAAAGGAGGAGGGGGAGGUGGUGGUGGUGGUAAAGGAGGAGGCCACGGACAUCACGGAGGAGGAGAAGGAGGCGGAGGGAAGGGUGGACACGGCCACGGUGGAGGAGGCAGUGGUGGUAAAGGAGGACACGGACGCGGUGGCGGAGGAGGAGGCGGAGGAGGAGGAGGAGGAGGAGGCGGCGGAAAAGGAGGUCACGGUCAUGGAGGUGGAGGUUAUAGUGGUCACGGACACGAUGGAGGAGGCGGUGGAGGCUACGUUGGACACGGGCACGGUGGAGGAGGAGGUGGUGGAAAAGGAGGUCACGGUCACGGAGGUGGAGGUUAUAGUGGUCACGGACACGGGGGUGGAGGAUAUGGUGGACAUGGUCACGGAGGAGGAGGUGGUGGAAAAGGAGGUCAUGGUCACGGACAUGGCGGAGGAGGAGGAGGAGGGGGUGGUAAAGGAAGCCACGGAGGCGGAGGAUACGGCGGACACGGACAUGGAGGAGGUGGUGGUGGAUACGGUGGACACGGACACGGUGGAGGAGGAGGAGGCGGUGGUAAAGGAGGCCAUGGUCACGGACAUGGUGGAGGAGGAGGAGGUGGUAAAGGAGGCCACGGAGGUGGGGGAUACGGCGGGCACGGACAUGGAAAAGGUGGUGGUGGUGGUGGAUACGGUGGACACGGUCACAGUGGAGGAGGAGGUGGUGGUAAAGGAGGCUACGGUCACGGUGGCGGAGGAGGAGGCGGACACGGACAUGGAGGAGGUGGUGGAUACGGUGGACACGGACACGGUGGAGGAGGAGGAGGAGGCGGUGGAAAAGGAGGUCACGGUCACGGAGGUGGAGGUUACGGUGGUCACGGGCACGGUGGAGGAGGAGGAGGCGGUGGUCACGGACACGGAGGUGGUGGUGGAAGCUACGGUGGGCAAGGCCACGGUGGAGGAGGAGGAGGUGGCAAAGGAGGUCACGGUCACAGUGGCGGAGGAGGAGGCGGUGGCCACGGACACAAAUGGUAA